UAUUUAGAAGCGCAUGCUUUGAAUCUUUGUUUGCGGUUGUUGCGGCAAUUGGUAAAAGCCGUAGAAAACUGUUAGUACUGGAGAUCUAUUUUGUCUAGCAUGCAUGGUGGAGAUAAGCUGGUUCAUAAUUCACAUUCUAAGAGUAUUUCUGCAGAGAAAGUUGCCAAACUUCACCAAGCUAUAUUUGGUAUGGAAAUAAUGUAAAUUUCAUAAUUUAGGUAAACAUUCCAUUUCAUCGAGUACGCCGUAUAAACGACCAAAUAAGUCUGAAGUUCAGGGACCCACGGCCUUCAAUGACUCGUCUGAACUUAGAGCAAUGCUCCAUUUCACUCCAAAAAUCUCCAUCAAUCCUCCAAUCAUUUAGACAUAGAUAAUUCACAUGAUGAAAUCAAGUUUAAUCCUGUUUAUUCACCAAAGUUCAUCAUAAGCUUGAAGAAGAAUGGCCAAUCUAGCUAUGGGAUUUUGCUUCGUCGUGGAUUAUUGAUCCACCGUUUGUGUCUUUUUGACGAUGGAAUAAUUCUGGAAGAUCGUACUGAUGUUCUUCUAACAGAAUGUGAUAGGCAGAAUACCUCAAAUUGUUUCCUACCGGGUGAUUACCUUGUUGCUGUUGGCGAUGGACUUGUGAAUUCAAUGGCUUGGAAUGAAGUAGUUCAGCUGAUUCGUUGCUCUGGUCCUAGUCUGUGCUUAACUGUCCGACUUCUUCCCGAAUUUCUUGAAUUUUACUUUCGUCUGAUGUAUGCUCACAGUUCUGACUCCCAAAAUAUGAAAACAAGUCCGAAAUAUGUACAAGAUGAUUCCCCAUGCAUUAUUCUCGUCUCCGUGAGGAAUUAUGUUGUUAAAUAUGGAAGCUUCAAGAAUUUGUACAUUCACUUGCAACAGUUUCAGUUAAACUCUGAUUCUUUUGAUGAAUUAAAUUUUACCACUAAUGGAAGUAUUAUAUGCAAGUCUAAUAUGAAGGACUACAAACAUUCUGGAUGUGAUGCUGAUGAUAAUAAUAACAACAAUAACAGUAAUAAUAAUGAUAAUAUGAGCAGUCAUGAUAAUGGGGAUAAUGAUGAUGAUGUCAAUUUCCCUGUAUGGGUUGCAUUUCGACAAGGUUAUGUUUCAGGGAAAUUUCUUACCUCCCUACCAAAUGGACGAUGUCGUGUACUUAUUCUACCCGGACAAGAAGUAAUCGAAGUGAAUACUGAAGUGGUGGAACGUGCAAAUCCUUCAAGUAUGGAUCGUGUUGAUGAUCUGAUUAAAUUACGUUAUGCGAAUGAAUCUAGUGUAACACAUUCAUUUAUACAACGUUAUGGUUCCGGGUUAAUAUUCACCUAUGCUUCAGGUAUCAAUUUGAUCAGUAUCAAUCCAAUGAUGCCGUUGAAUAUUUAUUCUGACAAAGUUAUGGAUCUGUUUACGGAUUGUGAAGUACGCUAUGAUAUGCCACCGCAUGUAUACUCUGUAGCUCAACUGAUUCUAGCCCGUUUAAAACGUCGUUUAUUCUAUACACAUCUGACAAUAGAAGAACAUUUGAAUAAUGAUCCAGUGUAUAGUCUGCCGUAUUCGAUUAGUCAACAAGUUCUAUGCCUGUUAGGACGUUCUGGUUCGGGUAAAACACGUGUAUCAAAUGAUGUACUCACUUAUAUGAUAUAUCAAUCUGAAAAGUCAAUACAAAAGCGCAAUCAUUCAAAUGGUAAUAAUAAUAAUAAUAAUAAUAAUGAUAGCAAUGACGUUUUAUCCAGUAAAAUCAAUGCUUCUCGUCUACGUGCACUAUUCAACUUGCUUGAUUCAUUCACUUGUUCACGUAUCGUACUCAAUACAAAUGGAAGUCGAGCUUUACGUAUAUUCUCAUUGGAAUUUGCCAAAAUUAAUUCACUGCCAAUUGUAAAUCAACCUGAAGAUAUUGGUUUAAUGAUUACAGGUUUAACAACACGUCUGCUGUUGUUUGAGCGUAGUCGUGUUACAGAUCGACCUGAAAUUGAACCAAAUUUUCAUAUAUUUUAUUAUUUAUUAGCUGGACUGGAUGAUGAAUCAAGACGAGAAUUAUUCCUAACUGAUUUAGAUGCGCCAAAUUUGUUUAUGACUCGUUUACAAAGACCGGAAGAUAAAGAAUCCGCUAAAAUCUAUUGGAAUCAGCUGUGUCGUGAUGCUGAACAGUUAGAGUUUAAUAUCAAAGAAGAAUGGUUAACUGGUGGAUUGGCACGCCUACUUGCUGUUAUCUAUCAUUUAGGUUGUGCUGGUUAUUGUCAUCAAGAUGUAGUAAAUAGACGUGACAGUGUAUUUAUUUAUUUUACAAAUUAUGAAGCUGCUCAACGUGCUGCUCACCUAUUGAAUUGUUCAUUGGAGACAUUGAAUCAACUUAUCUUUGAACCAUUUUUACGCAAAAUUGUACGUAAUGGUGGUGGUGGUGGUGUCCAUCAUGAUGUUGGUGGUGAUGAUGAUAAUGAUGAUCAGUAUUCACUGAAUUGGACUAUUAAAGAUUGUUUGUAUGGAUUUGUUCAAGAACUUUAUCACUUGGUUGUAGAUAUAUUAGUCUGUCUAAUCAAUCGGUGUCUGUCUACACCUAAAUCCGACAUGCCUAACAAACUAAAAGUUGCAGCUCAAUUAAUUCUAGUCGAUCCCGUUGGAUUACAAAUUCCGCAUUCAACAUCAAUGCCACCGUCAUCUUCAGGAUCACCUGGAACAGAGAAUAGUGAAAAUCAAAAGUCAGGCAAUUUUCCUGAUUUAAUAUUCAAUUAUGCUUAUGAACGAUUGAGUCAGUUAUACUUUGAUAGUACAAUAAUGUUGGAUGAACAACGUUUAAAACAUGAUGGUCUAACUUCACCUGUGCCAUAUGAGAAUUUCUGUCGUACAAAGAAUAUUUUAAACUUCAUCGACAAUACAUCAUUUAUUAAGAAUCCUAAUAUAUACUCAACUAAAAAUGCUACUGCGAACAACAACAACAGUAAUAAUAAUAAUGAAAUGUGUAAUUUUAUGUUUCCUGGAUUAUUUUCCUUGCUGGAUUCAAUAUCUCAAAAUGGUGAAUUAUCUCAAUUAUCAGAUUUAUUAAGUCAUAUGUAUCAAAUACAACGGAAACAGCAUGAAAAUCGAGACUUACGUAUUAUUCGUCGGUUUAAGCGUGCUGAAUCAUCCUUUGUGUUAAAUCAUAACUUGUCUACAACGCCUAUUCAAUAUACACCAGCACACAAUUGGUUUGCACCUUAUCAUCGAUCGAAUUGUCGUAGAAAGCUGAUCUAUUUAUUAGGACAAUCCCCGCUUCCGUCUCUGCGUAAUCUUGUCAGUAUGUUAGAUUGUAAAGAAGAUUAUUUAAGCUCUUUCAUACCAUCGAAUCGAAGUCAUAUUGGUGUUUGUUCAGAUGUGAAAUCAACCAUGGAUACCUUGAUUCGUUCCCUGUAUGAUUGUGCUGCUCAUAAUGCUUCAUAUAAUCCUAAUGAUCCUGGAUCAGGAUUUAAUGAUGGUGGUCCACCGAGUGGUAUGCAUUGGAUUCAUUGUUUCUUACCUGUAUCCACUGCUGGGCUAUGUCAAUUGAAUGAAGAGAUUCCAAUUGAUCAAUUAAUUCUUAAGAAUUCUUCUUCUGAAGACUAUACCACUAGUACUACUACGAGUACUACUCAUAAUAAUAAUAAUAACAGUGAUAAUCAUACGGAUAGUAAUCAUAUGCUCAAUGAAAUGCAUCACAAUAAAUCCACUUCAUAUUUACAUGAAUUAAUGAAACGCUACCCGAAUAAAAAUUUAGUAUUUAGUCCAGCACGUAUCUGUGUGAAUUUAAUACGUUCACAAAUUCGUGGUAUAGAAUUAAUUAGUACACUGCAAUCGGUUAAACUAAGCUAUCCUGAUCGUUUAUCACUGAAAGAAUUUCGUAAUCGUUUCAUUGGUUUAUUGCCUGUGGAUUCAAAAUUAAAUACAUCAGAUUAUCAUGGAUCAUUGGAUAGAGUUGUGGCUAAUGAAAUUUUGAAUUCACUGCAUUAUGCUCCGGAGACUUAUCAACUUGGUAGCAGUAAUAUAUACCUUCGUACAUUUAUUAUUCCUCAACUUGUUCAUCGGUUGGCAAGUUCUGCAGGUCUGUCUUCUGAACAAGAAUUGAUACAGGUUCAGAUUGCUUGUCAAUCAUAUAUAACUGAUUAUUGUGAAGAACCGAGAAUAUCAGCAAACAGUGUAUCUCCGUAUUCAGUGUCUAAACAACCUUCAAAAGCCGGUGCUUUGCGUAAAAGCCUCGAUAUACAUGAAAUUCAAACAGCUGGAUCACCAGUUGAUUUUAUAUCACCAAGGCAAAAAGAAAUUAUUAUGAAUGGACGAGCAUCAGUUCCUGUAAUGAAAUCAGAAGACAAUAAUACUCUUGACAAUAAAAAGUCGAAUGAAGAUAUAGAAUCGAUUGCUAUUGAACGUGAAGUACACUCUGCUCAUGGUUAUGAAGAGAAUGAGAAGGCGAAGAAGGUGAUGGAGAAGACGUCUACUGAGUUAAAUAAAGAAAUCACGUUGAAUCGACGUGGAAAAGUUUCAGUGUCUAUAUCAAGGGAGAUGAAUGAUUCGGAACCAUGGAUAGCCGGUUCCACUAUACUUUAUGGUUCUUCUGAGACUAUCAAGCGUGAUGAACAGAAUUCUGAGACUGCUAAAGAAAUAACAUUAAAGCCAAAUACAUCAAGUGUGAUGGAAAAAGAAAUUUAUUUAAGUAGUAAACCGCCAUCUCAGUCAUCCUUAAACAUUACUUUUGAUUCUGAAAGAAAGGUGAAUAUCCAACCUGUGUCAGCUUCAUUCGAAUCAGUGAAAAACGACUUGGAUUCUCAGGAGAAAGAGAAAGAGAAUAAUCGAAAGAAAGUUCAAAAUAAGGGAUCUUUUUCAUCUGAUUAUGAAGAUGAAAUACAAACGAAUAAUGAACACACUAAUCACACUACAUUGUCUCCAUUACAAUUGAAAGCACAAUUGAAAGAAAGUGAAGAUGAACUAAGACAAUAUAAAAUCCGAUAUACUGAAGCAUUGAAAAGUAUUGAAGACUUGAAGAGUUCAUCAAAUGAUUUAACUGUACAAUUAUCAUCACUUACAACUGAGAAUGUACGUUAUAAACAGGAUUGUGAUCGGGCUAGAGCUGAUUUAGAAUUGGCUGAAGAAAAUCGUCUACAAGCUGAACAACUUGUCAAGGUGAUCACUGCAAAGUUAGAGCUAGCAGAAAAACGACAUUUAUUAUUAUUAGAAUCUGUAAAGAAGACCCAAGAGAAAGACGAUGGUGAACCAUCAUCAACAAAAGACUAUGCACUAUUAUACCCGAAUGCUCCAGAAGACCUAUUAACCCUGGUGAAUAAACUUCGAUCGACUAAUCAUUCUUUAAUGCUACAAAUUACUGAUUUGCAAAAUGCACUAGAUAAUUUAAAAAAAGAGUUGGAAUCUACUCAUGCCAGUCAGUUGAAGGCGGAGAAAACAAUUGAAAAGUUGCGGGCUGAUUUAAUUCGCGUACAAGAUGAACAUGAAACAGAUUAUGAAGCGAUGCGUAGUGCUAAUCAAGUUAAACUACGACAACUGGAAGAAAAGUUAGAGAGUAUACAACAAGAGAAUGCUCGACUGAAUAGAGAGAAACAUCAGUUGGAGUUAGAAAUAUCAGUGCUUAAUACAGAGUUAGCAAAUGCCGCGACUUCUAAUGAUGAUGAUAUCGAACGUAAAUUGUUAAAAGAAUUGAAAAUUAUGAAAAAUCUUCUCACUGAAAAAGAUGUCAUCAUUCUUCAGCUGACUUCUAAUUCUGAUGAUUACAAAGAACAAAUUAGAAAGUUACGUGAUCGGAUCGAUGAAUUAGAUGAAUCAAACGAGAAAACAAAUCGUCAGAAACGUCGUCUACAAAGCGAUCUGGAGGAGACUCAACAACAGUUGACAAGUGCACUUCGUACUCAAAAACGGUUUGAAGAAGAGCUGUCUCGUUUAAGACGUGAACUUAAUGAGUUAGAAAAUCAAUUAGCUGACCAGGAAGAUGCGCAUAAAGAAACUCGUGAUAAACUGACUGCUGCUUUAGCUGAUAUCACUGUGAAGGAGGCUACUAUUCAAGCACAAAUGGAAGAAAUUAAUGCAUUUCUUAUAGAAAGGAAGAAACUACAAACACAAAUAGAUGAGCUAAAAUUAGAAAUUAAUACAACUAGUAUGGAUCAGGUUCCUCGUAGUGAAUUAGACCGUUUAGAAGCUAGAAUACGUGAAUUAGAUCAACGUUUAGAUAGUGAAAUAACUAAUCGUACACGCAUACAAUAUUCACUUGAUCGUGCAAAAGAAUCAGUUGAACAGUUAACCAAUGAACGUGACAAGCUUAUCUCAUCUGAAGCUAAUAUACGUGAACAAAAUCGUAAAUUAUCAAGACAAUUACGUUUAGCCCAACAAGAAGAAAGUGAAGCAACUCGAAAAGCUACAAUAGCACAAAGAAGAGUUGAAGAAGCUCAAUUCGAUGUAAAUAAAGCACUAGAUGAUGCUGCAUGUUCACGAGCUGAAAUGACUGCAUUACAAAGACGUAUACAAGAUUUAGAAGCCUACAUUAAUAAGGCGAAACAUUUAAAAUUAGAUGGUGAAGAUGAUGACGAUGAUGAUGAACUUGGAUUGUAUGAUUCAUCAGCUGACGAUAUCAUCGGUCUACGAAAAUUGAAAGGGUCUCAAGAUCUUCUAUUACGUUCAACUUUAAGAUCCCCUAGUCGUUUCAGUCGCCUACGGCUGCAUAAAUUUCACUUACUCAAUCGUGCUCUGUCUGAUGAUAAUCUACCCUAUUAUCCAAAUCGUUUAUCCUAUCCUAUGCUUAAAACUAAUACUGCUACAACUUCGACUGCUUCUACUAUCACUGCGCAUUCACCAAUUAAUCCAGUCAACAACAGUAAAAGUAAGAAUAACAAAAAUAAUAAUAAUAAUAAUAAAAGAAAUUCAGUUAUAAAUAAAAAAUACAAUUCACUUCCUACUGGUAAGAGUGUUUCACACUCGAAUAGUCUUCAGCUGCUUAAAAAUGAUUCAUUAGAGACUCUGAAACCACAGACAUCUGAAGACAAGCUUAUUCACUCGUCAAAUUUCACAUCAACUAAUAGUUUUGAAACAGUGAAUACUUGUAGUAAUGAGACAGAGGUGAGUGUUAGUGCUAUCACUAGUAGUACAACUGCAACUACAACUGCUACGACUACUGCGACUACUACUAUGGCUACUCCAAAUAAUGAGUAUAUUUCAGAUGGUGGUAAAUCGAAUGAAACAUUGACAUUUUCUUCGAAUGUUUGUGUGCUAACCACACCGAGAUUUAAACAGACUGUUACUAUUAAACACCUUCAUCAUAAUUGUACGCCAAAAUCAAAUGUAGAAGUGUUAUAUCUUACAGAUAAUAUGAAAAGAAAUAACAAUGAUACUGCUACUACUAGUAAUAAUGAUAGAAAAUAUACUUCUGCUACAACAACAACAACAACUACGACGACGACAAAUAUUACUUGUCGGCGUGCAAGUAAUAGUAGUAGUGAUAUCGACAGCAGCAACAACUAAGACAACCUGUAUCUAAUCAGUCCUUGACUGUAUCAGUAUUGUCGUCGUCGCCGUAAUUGUCGUCAUCGUCCCCUCAAGGUUGCGACCAGUCUGAUAGUACACAUAGUACAACAAACUGAAGUCAACUAUUUCUUUCCUGUAAUUAAGAAAAUCGAAAUUCUGAAUUUACUGUUUGUCUGGUAUAAUCAAGACCAUAUCUCCCGCCCUCUCUAUGUCCCUCUGUCACUACCAUACUGUCGUUUGACUUCCAUGUUGUAUAAAACAAUGCCCCGGUGACGUUAUGAAUACUUUGUUUAACUAUUUGUAAUAUCUUAUCUUCACUUCUGUGUUGAGUUAUUCUCAUUUUGUUUAGCUUUUUAUACAACUUCAUUUUUCUCUAACACUACUUACUGUGUUUUACAUUCAUCCACGUCCACUUUUAAGAGUUUUCUUUGAGGGGGCUGGUAUAUUUGUUUACCGUCUUCUUCUUACGGCCUGUUUCAUUAUCAAUGUUGUAUUCAAACAAUAAGUAUAAAUUAGAUGAGAAUGGGUGUAUUGUGGGUGGCUUAUUGCUGUUAUUAUUAUUAUUAUUACUGUUUCAUGUAUUCCUUACUAUUCCUUAUGCCUGCAUCAAUCAACACAGUCGUAUUUUAUCUCUGUUUACGAGACAGAUACUUAGUUCUCUAUUCAGUGAAACCGACUUAUUAUUCGGUUUGUUUUAACGCUACUGUUUAAAAGAAAAAUUAUUCGUUAGUUAUAUUUUGCAUAUUUUUCUGUGGGGUUUGUUUUAUGGAAUUUUAUUAUUUAUUAUCCUUUUAAUA